AUCUCCCAUCUCUUCAUACACACUUCAGCAAUAGCCAUUUCAACUGUCCAUAAAAUUAAAAAAAAAAAAAAUGGCAAGAGCAAUCCUCCCAUUUCUUGCACUAAUCUCCUCUCUCUUGUACAUUGCCGGCACGGCCGAGUCCGCUGCCUCGACAAGCUUCAUCAAGGCCUCGUGCAAGGCCACUGACUACCCCGCGGUGUGCGUCGAGUCUCUCUCAGCCUAUGCUACCUCCAUCCAACAAAGCCCGCGCCAAUUGGCCCAGAUCGCCCUGUCCGUGAGCCUAGCCAAGGCCGAGUCCAUGAAGGCAUUUGUGACAAAGCUAACCAAGUUCAAGGGACUCAAGGCUAGAGAGUACCAAGCCAUCAAGGAUUGUUUGGAAGAGGUAAGUGAUAGCGUCGACCGGGUUAGCAAAUCGGUUCGAGAGCUUAAGUACAUGGGCAAUGGAAAGGGCAAGGGUAAGGACUUUUUGUGGCACAUGAGUAAUGUGGAGACUUGGGUUAGUGCUGCACUUACUGAUGACAAUACUUGCUUGGACGGGUUUUCGGGCCGGGCUUUGGAUGGUAAUGUUAAGGCAUCAAUUAAGGCCCGAGUCACUAAUGUUGCACAAGUCACUAGUAAUGCACUAGCUUUGGUUAAUCAGUUUGCUUCCAAGUAUUAGGCCAAGGAAAUCAAUGAUGUAUAUAUGUUUAAUGAAGUUUUAUGUGCUAAACGUGGCUUGUAAGACAUAUAUAUUUAUCAGUUUUUGAAGCUACAAGUUAUGUCUAAUUUUGCAGAAAUAGUCCAAUCAAAAUAAAGUAGAGGCUUUGUUUGUCCA